UUUUCCCUGUGGUUGUCAUCAAGUGUUUCCUCUUCCGGUGUCCUUUUGUAGCAAGUAGCGGCGUCUUCGCUACACAGGUUAAGAAAAAAUGGCUAAAAUAAGCAAAGAGACCAAGCAACGGCUACAGCAGCUUUUUCAAUGCGGCCAGUUCGUCAUCCGAUGGGGUUUUAUUCCCACUGUGCUAUACUUGGGUUUCAAACGAGGAGCAGAUCCAGGAAUGCCAGAUCCCACAGUCUUGAGUUUACUAUGGGGAUGAGGAACAUGAACGCCACCGUCGAUAAUUCCCGUCUGCAGACCACCAUGUCCUGCUUCGUAGUGAAAUGUCUACCAAGGCAUCAUUUCAGUGCAUGUUGAUUUUAUCAAAUUCUACUUACAAUUGUAAAAAAUAAACCGAAAUAUCACUAAAA